UUAGACUGUAAGCAGGGUCAAAUGCUAAACACGUUUUUUCUGGUUUGUUGUUGUGGGUAAGAAAAAUAUGAAUUGAUGGACAGAUGUUCACAUUAAGCACUCUGUUAAGGGAAUCAUAGCAAUUAAAGCUCUGAGGAUGCACAGACUGCAGUCAAAAUAUAUCAAGAAGCAUCAUUUUUAGUGAUUAAUGUAGUUUGCAGAUGGUUACUGUUGCCCAAAUGGCAUGAACCUGUAUUGAGGCCAGGGGGCAGGGGUUUAGGUUGGAUAUUAGGAAAAGGUUCUUCCCAAAGGGUGGUUGAGCACUGGAACAGGCUCCCUAGGGAAAUGGUCAUGGGAGGGCCGAGCUUGCCAGAACUCAAAGAACAUUUGGACAAUGCUCUGAGGGGCACAGGGUGGGUCUGCUGGGGUGCUCCUGUGCAAGGGCCAGAAAUUGGACUCAGUCCUUGUGGGUGCAUUUCAUAUCUGGAUAUUCUAUGAAAAAAAAAAUGGGGUCUCUCACCAGUACUUCUCAGCAGUUCCUAAAUGCCAGAAGUCAAUAAAAAACCAGAUAAGGCAAAUAUAAGUUGUGUUUCCAAAACUGUGUGUACUCAGCACCCAAAGUUAUAUGGCCUUCACAUGUGCUGCUGUGGUAUCUGUUGUUAUUGCUGCAUCAAAAACAGGUACCAAAAACCAGCUGGACACGCAGAGCCCGGGUUCUGGAGGGGUUUGCUGAUACUCCCUGUUCGGGACCCAAUCAGGGCUGUGAAUUGGGUCAGCAUCCACGAGCUGUCGGCUCACUGGAACAGGCCGUGCCUGAGGAUGGACUUGGAGAGUCCCUUUCCUCCCGAGUGAUGCUAGGCAGGCUCUUGUGCAAUCCCAAAGGCAGCGAGUUUGCGUGGGGGAGAGGGAUGCGCUGCCGGAGGCGAUAUAAAGCACAGGCAGGAGGCAGGAGCAGCCCCGGCGGUGCAGACCCACCCUGGAGGGGAAGGAAGCGGGGCAGCGGUGGGUGGAGGAGCACAGAGCUGCCUGGCAAUGGAAAGGAUUGUGAGAUGUUUGCUGCUGCUCUCUGUGCUCUGCCUGGCUGGCUGUGAAGGCAACAAGAGUGAACUGGUGAGCACCCAUGGCCUGAGGCCAGGGGUUGCCCUCCGUGUCAGGAGGAGCUCAGAUGCCUGCCUGCCAAACCCGUGCCAGCACCAGGGGCAGUGCCAGGUGACUGUGGACAGACCAGUUUGCAGCUGCAAGCCAGGCUUCACGGGGGAAUUCUGCCAAGAUGUGGUACUGAAGUUGGCCUGCGAGGAAGAGCACAUGAAGAUGAUGGUGAGGAAGGAGGUGUUUGAACUCUUGAAAAUCCCACUGGAGCUUGUCCACUUGAGGAACCAGGCAUGCAAGGUCUCAGAGAAGGAAGAAGAGGGUGAGCUGUUUUUUGCAGCCACUCUCACAGGUGAAAACCACACUGCCUGUGGAUCAAUAAUCCAGCAAAACAGCUCCCAUGUCUCGUACUCCAACGUCAUCGAGUCAGAGCAGGAGGCGCGCAGGGCCCUGAUCUCCCGGAGUUUUCAGCUGGAGGUGCACUUCUCCUGCAUCUACGCCUAUGAGCAGAUUGUGAGGCUGCCCCUCGCUCUCACUGCUGUUGACAAGCUGGUUCAGUUUGUGGUCAGAGAAGGACACUUCAAUGUCAGCAUGAGACUCUACAAGUCCCCCUCCUACCUGGAGCCUUAUCACCUGCCAGGCAUGGCUGUCCCCCUCAUGGACACCCUCUAUGUCCUGCUGAAGAUAGAAGGGCAGCACCAGCUCAAGUACUUCCUGCUGAGUGUUCUGGACUGCUGGGCCACACCGAGCACAGAUCCGCACCAGGACACGCAGCACAAGCUCAUUGAGCAGGGGUGUCCCCAUGAUGAGACCGUGACCUAUCUGAAUGCCAUUGGAGAGAGCACUGCUGCCAAGUUCAGCUUCCAGAUGUUUCGGUUUGUUGGUUACCCUGAGGUGUUCCUGCACUGCCGUGUCCAGCUCUGUCUUCCUGACGGCCCAGAGCCCUGUGCCAAGCAAUGCCCCAGGCACUGGAGGAGCAGGCGGGCUCUGGCAGAUGACUACAAUAGGAUUGUCUCCUAUGGGCCCAUCCUCCUGCUGGCUGCUCCUUCCUCAGGAGCAGAGACCCAUCAUUCCAGCACUGACCAGCAGGCCCCGGCAGGACCCAGCCUGUGGCUCUCCAGGGCCCUCGUUCCUCUGUGUGUGCUCGCUGUGCUCACUGUGGCUGCUGCGGCCGUCGGCAUGGGGCGGCGAAUGGCUUAGGAAACAGCUGUUUCCAAAUAAACGUGACAGGAG